AUGGAUAUUAUUGGAUUGCUAGUGUUUGCGAUAUCGAUUGCGUUCUUUGGGGCGUACCAGACAAUUCUAUUUACGAAUAUUCGUCCCGAAAUAGACUUUCCUCUUCGGCUUCGUGGGGGGUUUCGACUUGGCUAUGUGCUUGAUCUAGUUGGAGACGCCUUCAAUCUCCGUACCUCUUCAGGAAAAUCUGCAUCAACAUACACAAUACCAUCUACUUCCUAUACUCACACAACUACAACAAACCCACAUGCCAAUGCCCCAACCUGUCCUUUAAAACCAACUAUAUUAGUGGAGAAUCUGCCUCUCACUAAUAUAUCAGCUUCAAACAUAUCUCUUAUUACUAAAAAGCUCCGUUUGGCAGUCGAAAGGCCCAUGGAAGCAGCCAGACGCCUGGCCAAUUGGACCAAUGAGGUAUGGAAGCUUUCUACCGGUGCUCUCGAAUGGAUUUUGUCAGCAUCACCAGAUCUCAUGCUAGCGUUUAAGUUAGCUGUGUAUUUGUUUGUGGGGUGUGUUGCGGUGAUCCUGAUUGGGACUACGUCCAUUUUUUUGGCCGCUGUAAAUCGGGAAUCCAAAGUGAUAGGAGCAGAGUUUAUGAAAAACGCUGCCGCAGGGAGCAAUGCAAUUUCAUCCGUAAUAUCACAGGCAAACGCCCAACAAGGCACGUUUGAGGACGCGAUGGAAAACCUGAAGUCAGAAUUGAACCAUUUGAGAGAUCAAAUGCGUAAGAAAUUUCUCGAGGAUGAAGAGGAACUUACUGAAAGGGUUCGAGAAACAGAAAAUCGCCUCCGCUAUGCGAAUGAUCGAUCCCGUCAAAUAAUCGAAGCUGUCAUCAAUUCAUCACGGAAAAUAGAAUCUGGCUUUCUUUCUUCAGCUGCAAAAGAAGAACUCUUUAAUAGACACAUUAUAAAUACCAAAGAAGAGCUGAAGGCCGCCAAGAAUGAUGUUUUGGCGAAUGUGAUGGAGCUCAGAGACUGGCUCACAACGUUUAAGAGAGACUACGAACAUACUAUCUUCGAAUUACGUGAUGAAACUAUUAGGGACUACAUGGAAGCCUUUAAUAUAGAAAAAGCGCGACUUCAGAAUAUGAUUUCGAUCGCACGAAAUACCAUCAAUGAGUCUUCUACAAAGCAUGGAAUCGAAACAUUGGCCGAAAAAUUACGGAGUCAGCACAGUGAAAUCAGAGAACAGAUUUUGGUUGCUCAAGAAGACGCUCGUACAGUGGGGGAAAAAUGCAAGGGGGUUGCAAGUUGCAUACCCGCACUCAAGAAUAUCGUUGAGGAUAUGAAGGACCAGCUAUCCAUGCUUGCGGAAGACGUAGCGCAAGUCCAAGGUAAUCUUUUAGGAACAAGGAGGGAGUUCCUUGCGAGUCAGCAUGCAUUGCUCGAGGCCGACGCUGCCCGAAAGUCCCAAUGUGGUGAUGACGAAAGUUCAGUCUCCAGGGGAAGACGUUCUCGCCGCUAUGAUGAGUAUGACUUACUCGAGUCAAGAGAUUCUGGUAAGGGUAAAACGCCGGCAGUGGCAGGACCAGUUUCGGUGGGAGCUUGGGAAAUGGAGCAUGAGGAAGAAAGCCCGGGUUUUGAUACCGAGGAGAGCUCGAGCGAGUCAGCGGGGUUGGGGCAACAAGCAAAGCGGAAGUGUGUCAAGGACGACCGUUUACCCAUUGAAUCAGAUGAAACAGCUGGGGAUGACGACAUUCAAAUUAUCGAUAUUAACCCGGGGCUGCAGAUUAAAGAAGCGCCUACCGACGAUUUGAGAGUAACGAACGAUAUUCCAACUACUCUGCCGUCUAGGGUUGAAUAG